CUGCGUCGAAGAUUUUGUCAUAUCAAUGAAAAAAAGUGUUGUUAUAAUUGUAUGGGUAAUCCCUUCUUGAUGACACAAUUGCUAUAAAUAGGACACAGUGCGUGUGUUUCCCCUUCCUCUUGGUCUUCAGUCGCGAUUUCACUCUUACAUUGGGAGUUCCCCUUUGUCAAAAGAAAUUAACGCGCAGUAUACGUCAUAUAACUUUGUAAUAUUCGUCUCUUCGUUUUCGUAAGAGCAAACCGAAAUUGUGUGCUACCGCGAAGACAGUAGAUAAACUACAUAAUGUUUUUUAAAAUUGAUCCCGUGAAUUUUUCCAUCCACACGAUUCCAGUGUUAACGACCGAAUUGAUCGGAUUCUUCAGCAUUGACGGCGAUUUACAAUAUCACGCUAAUCUGUCGCAACUGAAAUAUUAUAAUCCUCCUCCGGAUUUUAACAACGUAAAUUUCGAUCUUACGCGAAAUUUUGAAUCUACUCAACACAAAUCUAAUUUAUAUGUUAAAUUGGAUAAUAUAUUAAAAUGGCUUUCCAAUAAUUUUUCUCGACUUGAAAGACCAUUAUCAAUACAAGAAGAGCGUUGGUUAGAUGUAGAUUUUAUUUGUCGUCGUGGAGUGUUAAAAACAAUAUUAUGUAGCCUAUAUACAAGACGUAACGAGUGGAUUAUUUGUGCCAGUAAAUAUCGCGGUACAAUAUAUUUAUGUGAGUUUUAUACAGAUGAAAGAGAAUAUCAGCAUGUCAAUCGAACAAAAACAGAAAAAGAAUUUUUUUCAUGGGGAUAUAAGUUUGAACAAUAUAUGGUGUCAGAUAAACCAUCACAUAAACCAGAUCCAUCAGUAUCUCUUAAUGAAUGUGAAGAAUUUCACUGUGUAUUUAAAGCUAAAUUUGGCGAUCAUUCCUUAUUAUAUGGGGCAGAGACAGAUGGUAUUUCUUCACGAGAGCUCAUAACAGAGACAGAUUUUAUAACACUUUUUGGCAAAACUUUUGAAUUAAUCGAAUUGAAAACGAUCGUAGCAUAUAAUUCGAAUGGUGAUAUGUAUGAAAAUAUUUCCUCUGAAAAGAUAUUAAUGUGGUGGAGUCAGAAUUACUUGGCAAAUGUAAAUAAAAUUAUAUGUGGAUUAAAAGACAGAAACAGCGUAGUAAGAAGAAUAAAAGAAUAUUCUAUGCAUGAACUACCAUAUCUUUCAAAGCCUUUUUGUAAGGUGGAUGAGUGUAAAAUAUUUUGCAAGAUAUUUCUAGACAAAGUUAAAGAAAUUGUCACAAAAGAUCAUACUGAGUGUAUGUACAAAUUUCAUUGGAAACCAUCCGCUAAAUACAUUGUAUGUUGUAGCGAAGUAGCCCCUGACAACAAAACGUAUUUUUUUCUGAAGCAAUGGUUUCUUAACACAGCAGAGGAACAUAGAAAUCAUUCUUAAAAAUAGAAGUCUAAAAAA